CGACGGAGCUUCGUGAUUACUAUGAGCAAACUGGUAUCAUUUUACAAACCUCUUGCACAGAUACUCCGCAGCAGAAUGGAGUUGUCGAACGCAAGCAUCGCCAUCUCUUGGAAACCGCGCGUGCUUUACGGUUUCAGGCUAAUCUUCCUCUCGAUUUUUAGGGCGAAUGUGUGCUCACUGCAGCUUAUUUAAUCAAUCGUAUGCCGCUGGUCACUACUGGGAAUCGGUCACCUUUUCAUGUUCUUUUCGGCAAAGAUCCUUCUUAUCAUCACUUGAGAAGUUUUGGGUGUCUCGUGUAUGCUCGAGAUAAUCGACGUGCCUUGGAUAAAUUUGCUGAACGAGGGCGAGCUUGUAUUUUUGUUGGAUACCCUAGCACUCAACGGGGUUAUCGCGUCUUUGACCUCGAAGACAAGCGCAUUUACACGUCUCGGGACGUGAAGUUUCUCGAAGCUGUAUACCCCUAUCAUCUUCACGCGAAUCCUUCUUCGACGUUCAUGCAUGCUCAGUCCACUCGGCCUUCUCCUGUUAUCACAGAACCAGUUUGGGAUGAGGAUGUAAUUCAUGAAUCUUCUUCAGCCGACCCCGUGCUUCCCAUUUCUCCAGCACCGGACCCGCGUCCAUCGUCUCCUCCUAGUUCACCAGCGGAGUGCAUUUCCACUCCUGGUCUUUCGACCGAGAGUUCCCCAUCCUCAGGUUCGGAUGGCACUUCUUGUCCCUCACCCUUGUCGUCGUUGUCCACGUCGUCUGUUCCUGCUGCCUCGGUACCUAUUGUUGAGCAGCACCUUCGACGCGGAGAUCGACUACGCAAGCCUUCCGUCAAGCUACACGACUUUGUAGUUGAUCUUCCUAAUUUUUCUGGCAACAGUACAACAGCUUACCCCAUUGAAGAUUAUUUGACUUAUCAGCGUUUAUCGCAGGCUCAUCAUGCUUUCGUAGCCGCGGUCACAAGUCAUGAUGAACCUCGAUUUUUCCAUCAGGCUGUUAGACAGGAACAAUGGCGUGCAGCCAUGGUUGUUGAGUAUCGUGCCCUUGAGGCUAAUGGCACGUGGGAACUUUGCUAUUUACCUCCUGGGAAACGCGCCAUUGCGUGUCGUUGGGUUUACAAAAUCAAGUUCAAUGCUGAUGGUACCAUUGAACGUUUCAAGGCGCGUCUUGUUGCUAAAGGCUUCACCCAGAUAGAGGGCAUCGAUUAUCAUGAUACCUUUGCCCCGGUUGCCAAAUUAGUAACAGUGCGUUGCCUACUUGCUGUUGCUGUCAGUCGAGGGUGGAUCAUUCAUCAACUCGACGUUAAUAAUACUUUUCUGCAUGGCGAUCUCGAGGAGGAAGUUUACAUGACUAUUCCUCAAGGGUUUGCUGCUCCUGGCGAUACUCGUGUAUGUCGUCUUCGUAAGUCGAUCUAUGGUCUUCGUCAGGCUUCACGUAACUGGUACCAGAAGUUUACACAAGCUUUGUUGGAGCUUAAUUUUGUCCAGAGUCGAGCGGAUCAUGCUCUUUUCACUUACCGACGUGGCGCGAUUUUCGUAGUGGCUCUCAUCUACGUUGAUGACGUUAUCUUGACAGGUAACGAUAUGUCUUUCAUUCAGUGUGUUAAGGAUUUUCUCAAUGAUCGGUUUACUAUCAAGGAUCUUGGUGAUCUGAAGUAUUUCCUGGGUAUUGAGGUUGCUCGCUCACCUCGCGGGAUGGUUUUAAAUCAACGAAAGUAUAUGCUUGACAUACUUGCCGAGUCAGGCCUCACGGCUGCUCGUCCUAGUCCUACUCCUAUUGAACAGAGUCAUCAUUUGGGUCAUGAUCCCUCAGCUCCUGCGGCGGACCCAGCUUCCUUUCGCAGGCAUGUCGGUCGGUUACUCUAUCUCAUUGUUACCCGACCGGACAUCACUUAUGCAGUUAAUAUCCUCAGUCAGGCCGUUCAGUCACCGACUCAGGCACAUGUUGAUGCAGCUGCUCGCGUCCUGCGUUAUCUCAAAUCAUGUCCGGGUCGUGGUCUUUUUCUUUCAGCUUCGCGUGACCUCACCCUCACGGCUUAUUGUGAUGCUGAUUGGGCGGGGUGUCCCCUCACUCGCCGCUCCACCACUGGUUUUUUCAUCACUUUGGGCUCCUCACCCAUUUCCUGGCGUACUAUAAAGCAGUCGGUUGUUGCUCGUUCCUCUGCUGAAGCCGAGUACCGUGCUAUGGCUAACACGGUCAGUGAAGUCUUAUGGCUUCGAUGGCUCUUGUGUGAUUUGGGGGUGCGUCACACUGCGCCCACACCUAUUUAUUGUGACAAUCAGGCUGCACUUCAUAUUUCAGCAAAUCCGGUAUUCCAUGAACGCACCAAGCACGUCGAGCUGGACUGUUAUUUUGUUCGAGAACGUGUCCAGUCUGGUGAUGUUCUUCCUCUCAAAAUUGCUACUGCGGACCAGCCGGCGGAUACCUUUACGAAGGGUCUUAGCGUGGAUCAGUUUUCUCAUCUACUGGUCAAGUUUGGACUUCUCGAUAUUCAUUCCUUCGCUUGAGGGGGAGUGUUGUGAUCUCUGCACUUAUUAUUAAGUAUAGGGAUCUUCUUGUAAUUAGCCAGCUGACCCAAGUUUAGUGUUGUAGGGUUUGGCUCGGCCUGUACUUAAGGGGGAGAGUGCUUAUGUUGAUCCCCAACUAAAAAAAACCUAAAAAGAUCAAUAAUAGAUCAGCCGAGAACUCACGUUCUCCGUGGACUAGUCCCGUUCUCACCGAACGGGGAAACCACGUAAAACUCGUCUAUUGUAUUCUUUCGUUUCCGCACUUUCGAUUUCUACAACUUUGUUUUUUUAAAGUACCUAUUAUGGCAUCAUCACAUACAUCGGACAUCAUCCUAAUUUCCACCAAACACAUCUUUAAUGUUAACAACUUUUCUAUGGUACAUUUACCCUUAAGUGUUAAUCUAUCUAUUCCAAACAUAAUCUAUUGUAUAUGAUUCUUUCCUCUUCAGAGGACAAAAAAAUGUGUAAACCUAUUCCAAUUAUGGAAUCUUAAACACCCAAAAAUGAUAAAGAAUCUAAUAAGAAUAUUUUUUUUCU